GCAUAUGGCAUAAGACAACUCUACAGGAAGCGAGGGAGCAGCAAGAACUGCAAAGGCAACAGAAUCAACCUUUCCAACAACGGCCCGUACUGACGACGACGACCAAUGUGGUCAUUGGGCAAAAGCGCUCCAUAAACGACGUCCGGCCUCAAUUAUACAAUGGGCCUCCAACAGUCAAGCGGCCUACACCGGGGCCAUCCAAUACACCAACCCCAGGCUUCACACCAUCAGCCUUUAUGAAAGCAUCCUCCGGCCCUCCUCCCCUCACAGCAAGCACCAUAGACUACGCAGACCCAGUUGCCACCGCCGCCAAGGGCGGCAUCCCUUCCGAGUACUCGCAGCGUCGAGCCCUACCCUCAACGCCCACUUCCACCAGUGACCCCUUGCUCUCCCUGUCGCAUCCCGCAUACAAGCUUCCAAAGCAGCUCGUAGCCAACUUUGCCUCCCUAGGAAUCAAAACCAUCUACCCGUGGCAGAAACAAUGCCUGCUCGGCCCCGGCCUGCUCUCCGGCGACAAGAACCUGGUGUACAGCGCCCCGACGGGCGGCGGCAAGUCGCUGGUUGCCGACCUGCUCAUGCUCAAGAGGGUACUGGACGACCCGGCCGGCGAGGCCAAGGCCAUACUGGUGCUGCCGUAUGUUGCGCUAGUGCAGGAGAAGGUCCGUUGGUUGAGGAAUGUCGUUAGUGGGAUCUCGAGGAGUGGGGAUUUGGGGCAGAAGCAGCCUCAUCUGGAAGGGAAACAGCAGCUGUGGGCAAGGAGGCCGGAUAAGGAUACCAUCAGGGUGGUGGGAUUCUUUGGUGGAAGCAAGAUGAGGGCUACGUGGGCGGAUUUCGAUGUUGCGGUUUGCACAAUGGAGAAGGCGAACUCCCUCAUCAAUGCGGCUAUAACAGAUUGCUCAAUAUCCAAACUCAGAGCCGUGGUGCUGGAUGAGUGCCACAUGAUUGACGAUGGCUACAGGGGAUAUUUGCUAGAACUGAUGACUACGAAACUCUUAUGCCUGGACCAGCAGGUACAGAUUAUUGCAAUGAGUGCCACGUUGACAAACAUCCGUCUCCUGAAAGAUUGGCUAGGGGGCCACUCGUACGAGACACACUAUCGACCUGUCCCUAUCGAGGAACACCUUGUCUACGACGGCAAGAUAUACCCAGCAACCACAACCGCCAGUCUUUUGAAAACAGCCACUCAACUAGACACCAGAAAUGCCACCACCACUACCACUACUCAAGGGCCACCUCCCUCCACUACCUCCUCCCUCCAGCACAUCCGUUUCAUCCACCCCUCCCUGCACCGCGAGUUCAAAGACCCAGUCUUGAACGCCGUCGUCGCCCUAGCCAACGAGACUGCCCGCGCCGGCUACGGCGUUCUUGUCUUCUCCAGCAGUCGCGCCGGCUGCGAAUCCGACGCCGUCCUGAUCAGCCGCGUCUUGCCCUCCUUCCAAGAAGCCGACCCUCUUAUUCGGGAACGCCGCCUCGACCUGCUCAACGAUCUCCGUAGCUCCUCCACGGGUCUCGACUGCAAACUCGAGCAGACCAUCCCCUGCGGCGUGGCCUUCCACCACGCCGGACUGACCACUGAAGAGCGCGAGCUGAUCGCCAACGCCUACGACGCCGGUACCCUGAAAGUCUGUGUGGCCACCGCCUCGCUGGCCGCGGGCAUCAACCUACCCGCGAGGCGGGUGAUUUUGCACGGCGCGCGCAUGGGUAUCGACCUCGUUGGCCCGGCCAUGUUGCGGCAGAUGCGCGGUCGAGCCGGGAGGAAGGGUAAGGACGAAGUGGGCGAGACGUAUCUCUGCUGUCGAAGAAACGACCUGGAGGCCGUGGUAGACCUGAUGCACGCGGAUCUGCCGCAGAUCGCGAGCUGUCUGGUCUCGGACGAGCGCCGCAUACGGAGGGCGCUGUUGGAGGUGAUUGCGAUUAAGCUGGCGACGAGCAGGGAGGCAUUGGACGAGUACGUGGGGAGGACGAUGCUGGCUUGCGAGCAGCGGUUAGCGGAGAAGGAGACGGAGGAGUGGGAGGAUCAGAUAAGGGGCUAUAUAGAGAUUGGGUUGGAGAAGUUGAAGGAGAUGGGGUUCAUCACGGUAACGGUAGAUGAGAGGUUCGAGACGGCGAGCUAUAGCACUACGAAGCUGGGAGGGGCGAUCGUGGCUAGCUCGCUGGAUCCGGAAGACGGAGUGUUUAUUCACAAGGAGUUGGAGAGGGCGCUGAAGGGGUUUGUGAUGGAUGGGGAGAUGCAUGUUCUGUAUAACUUCACGCCGGUUUCGGGUCUGGGGAAUGGGACGUCGAUCAACUGGAAGGUGUUCUGGAACGAGAUGGAGAAGCUGGAUGAGAGUGGGUUGAGGGUGAUGAGCUUUCUGGGGUUAAAGCCUGUGGUGUUAAACAGGAUGCUACACGGCGGCAUCCUCAAGGAAACCACCGACGAAGAAAAGGACACCGCCCGUCGCUACUAUCGCUUCUACCUUGCCCUCCAGCUCCGCGAUCUCUGCAACGAAGUUCCCAUCCACCGCGUCGCGCAGAAGUAUGAUGUGCCCCGAGGUACCGUUCAGACGCUCGCCCAAACCUGUCAGGGGUUCGCCGCUGGCAUGAUCAAGUUCUGCGAAGCCAUGGGAUGGGGCGCCAUGGCGGCAGCGUUGGACCACUUCGCCGACCGGCUCAAGGCCGGAGCCAGGGCUGAUCUGCUCAGUCUGUCCAAGAUCACGUUUGUCAAGAGCCGGACAGCACGGGUGUUCUGGGACAAUGGCUUCAAGACGGUGGCCGUCAUCGCGAAUGCGGAUCCUAAGGAACUCGUGCCCGUGUUGAUGCAAGCGCAACCGAACAAGGUCCGGCUGGAGGUCAAAGAUGAGCAGAAAUACCUGGAUAAACUGCUCGCUAAGGCGAAGAUUAUCACGGAUUCUGCAAACAGAAUAUGGCAAAUCGAGAUGCAACAGGAAUUGAUGGAAGAGGAAUAGGGGUCCUAGUUUCCUCAAGCUGUGAAGCCCCAACGGACGAUAGACGCUGGAUGAAGCAUUCGGCCUUGUUUUGUGAUAUACCUUUAGCCAUAUUCACCAAGGGUCAUCUGGUUCCUCAGAUCAAGAUCCAUGUUCGGAUGUGUAACAACAUUCAACAGCUCG